UUUACUUAAAUCUGUAAACAUUUUAUUAAUAACGUCCGCUCGCUUGGGCCAGUUUUAUUUGCUUUUAAAUUGCUUCCAUUGAGGUGCAAUUCAGUCGCGUUCCCUACUCGAGACGGGACGGUUAAGAGCCCUGAGAACAAAAAAACGUUGAAAUGAAAGAACUUGUUACUUUGUUGGCCAUCGCUUCUUUGGCUUCUGGAUUUCAAUAUAAUGGUCUCCGAGUUAAGUUCGGUUGGUCAGACGCGUUAGCAGAUAAGGAGUACUUUUACAAGCUCCCCCGCACGCUGGCGCAAGCUGAGAGCGAAGGUUGGCGUAGAACUGAACGUCCUCCCGGGCCUCUGGAAGAACUGCGGCUAUACUGUUCACCUGGGAAAUAUGUUUGUCCGUUAUACGAUCCAUCUGGAUUCGUAGCUGGAGUACAACUUGCGUUCCCAACCGAUGAGUUUAUCACUCCAACGUUUAAGCCUGAAAAGUGGUUCACGAAGUGGAGCGUGCCAGCGUCUGACGGUGAGCCAGCGAAGGAAUACUGGGCUAUCACGCAAUACUUGGUUUCUGAAGAAUCUUUGGCAGCGGGCGCGGGUCCACAAGUGGAAAACGGUGCGACGCUGCAAGAUGGCGGCGUGUGGGUCAGCGACCCCGACGGGCAGCUCAUGCGCAUCCCGAGCACAGAAGCCGAACUUAACACCACGCUGUUCAAGAAACAGAACUGUGUACCUAAUAUGGGAACUCACUACCAUUACAACAUGUCGCGUGAGACACUCUGCGAAAACUUACUGCCCUGGUUCGCAGUGACAACCAAGGGCUACCUCGUCGGCGUUGGCCUUCAGAUCUUCGGCAAACUUACUAAGCCCCCCAAAGACAGGGACUGGUUCGAGAGCUAUAAGGGUAGAAUGAUAGCAGAGUCCACUGUUCCGCUUGGACCGGAGUGUCUCUAUCAAAGCGCAGACACCUAUCCAGUUUUCAGCCUCCACAUUUACUAUAUCGACGAUCCUUGGAAUAUAAAGUGCCGGCCCGGGGACUCGGUCAAACCUGCCGAUGUGAUAAGCCGACUCAUGAUUAACGUGGACAGAUACUCUACAUCUUUGGUCGACAAUCUAAAGAAGAUUUUUACCGUUAAUAAGACGUAGAAAAUAUUUAUUUGUAUAAGAACAAUAUUUUCUACUUACAUACACUUAAGUAGGUACCUAAAAAUAGAUUCCGACGAAUUGAGAACCUCCUUCUUUUUGGAAGUCGGUUAGUGAUUGUGUCUCUUAACUAAAAGUUACAAUUGAAGGGCAGGCGAAUAAAAUGGUGUAUCUAAAUAAUUGGCUAAAUAAUAGUUGUUGAAAAUUUACUAUAAUUCUAGCGUUUUGAUCGAAAUCACGAGCUCUGGAUUAUAAAUCGGACUGAAAUUUAGCACCGUUUUAAGCCGUUUUGUUUUUAAAUGAGUUCAAGUUUGUAUUAUUAUCAGUCAUGGAAAUCAAAACAGAUUCUAUUUGAACUGAUUUGGCUGAAAUUUGGAAUGAAUUAACACAAUUUUGAUUCCAGAAAAUCAAACCGAUCAAAGAUCUCUCAAAAGAUUUUAAUAUCGUAAAUCCAUGCGGACAAAGUCGCAGGCAUCAUCUAAUGUUUUAUAAAUGACGUAACCGUAUACAGUGAUAAUUUUAUUUAAAAUAUUAACCUGAUGAUAAUUUUUCACAAAUUUCAUGCCCAUUGAGUAUUCGAGAAAAUAAAUGAUGGAAUUAAUAA